AUGCCUCUGUACGGCAGCACUCCAGCAACUACUACUACUACUACGCCGACGUUACCGCCAGAUCAUGAAGCCUUAACACCAGAAGUAACACUGAUAAAAGCUCAACAGGACCUUUAUCAAGCAGCACGACCAGGUUACGGCACACGGAAUAGACUUGAGAUAUCGUUCAACCUUGUCAAUGCAACUGUGGGUGCUGGUAUUAUUGGCAUCCCAUUCGCAAUCUAUCAUGCCGGCUUUAUCUUUGGCAUUGCUGUCUCGGUGCUUGUCGCUAUCAUCUCACAGCUUGGCCUGUACAUGCUCAUUAUGGCCGGCCGUCGGGUGGAGAUAUACAAAUACGCUGAUUUGACCGAAUACUUGAUGGGACGGUCAGGAUACUACUUUCUCAAUAUCACUCUACUCGUACAGUCGGUCGGAAUCACCAUUAGUUAUUUUAUCUUAAUGGGAGAUACCUUGCCGGUUUUGAUAAACCUGUAUUUCCCAGGCUAUAAUCUCAGUCGUGAACUCAUUGUAUGCCUCAUCUCAUUAUUCCUUGUUUUCCCACUAAAUCUUCCACGAUCGAUCGGGGCACUUGCACGAUGGUCGGUGAUUUCAGUCUUGUGCAUCCCUGUCAUUAUUCUUGUCAUUCUUAUACGAGCACCUGUGUACAUACCUGACGACUAUGUCAUGCCCAUCACCUGGACAGGUCCUGACGUAUUUGGCGCCCUUGGCAUCAUCGCCUUUGCGUUUGCGUGCCCACACGUGGCCUUCAAUAAUUACUUAUCUCAGCGGAACCAGUCUUCACGGGCAUGGUAUUGGACGACGGUCACCGCCACUGUUAUGAGCUGGACCGUCACGAUCAUGUUUGCUUUGGUCGGAUAUCUCUCUUUUGGUGACAAGGUCUACUCCAAUCUGUUUCUCAACUUUGCACCAGAUGACGGAAUUAUCAAUAUUGGGCGCUUUGCGCUUGGAUUUAGCAUGAUUCUUACGAUCCCAAUGGGGUUCUAUCCAACACGCGAGUGUACCCAAAAGUUGAUCGGACUGGAAACAGCUGACCGUCACCCGAGCAAACUCGAGCAUUUCGUGGUCACCGUUGUCGUUUUUGGCACAUUGCUGUACUUCGGUAUUACCGUGCAGAGUCUCGGCAAGGUCUACGCUCUUGUUGGGGGCUUUGCAGCAACGACUCUCGCCUACAUUAUUCCCGGCGCCGCCUAUCUGUUUGCCGGCCGCCGCUCGUCUCUUCUGUUGAACAAGCAAUUGACAGAAGACGAAGCUGAUACCUUGAUUGAUUCCCCUUCCAAGCAUAUCUAUCCAAUCAUACUUGACAUUGCAGCAGGUCUGCUCAUUAUCUGGGGCCUAUUCGUCAUGGUCGUUUCUACCACCGGCGUCUUUACUACGUCGUAG